GCAAACAGAGAGAGCCCAUCACUGUCUACACUGAACUAUAGUAAUCCUCUUAUCCAUGGCUUUCUCUAAAGCGAGUUUUAGUUUCAUUUUCAUGAUUGUUCUCCUCUCAUCAACAACGAGCCUAGCUCAUCCUGGUUUGGGCUGGGGUGGAAAGGGUGGUCCUUUUGGUGGUGGCUCCUCUGGUCUGUUCACUGGAUUCUAUCAGUAUUCAUGUCCUCAAGCUAAUGACAUUGUCAUGUCAGUGUUAAGAAAAGCUAUUGCAAAGGACCCCAGGAUGGCUGCCUCUUUGCUAAGGCUUCAUUUUCAUGAUUGCUUUGUGCAGGGUUGUGAUGCAUCGGUAUUGUUGGACGAUAGUGCAAAGAUAGUGAGUGAGAAGAAUUCUGGACCAAACAAGAAUUCCCUCAGAGGAUUUGAAGUCAUUGAUGAAAUCAAGGCUAAGUUGGAAGAAGCAUGCCCUCAAACUGUCUCCUGCGCAGACAUUCUCGCCUUGGCAGCUCGUGGCUCAACUGUGCUAAGCGGCGGGCCUAAUUGGGAACUCCCAUUAGGAAGAAGGGACUCAAAGACUGCGAGUCUGAGUGGCUCAAACAACAACAUCCCUGCACCCAACUCCACCAUUCAAAACCUCAUAUCAUUUUUCAAGCGUCAAGGCCUUAAUGAUGUUGACCUUGUUGCUCUCUCAGGAGGGCAUACAAUUGGGGUGGCGAGGUGUGUGACCUUCAAGCAGAGGCUAUACAACCAAAAUGGAAACAACCAGCCAGAUCAUACUAUAGAGAAAAACUAUUUCUUAGAUUUGAAGUCAGUGUGUCCAAAAUCUGGAGGAGACAAUAACAUUUCUCCCUUGGACUUGGCCUCUCCAGCAAAAUUUGACAACACUUACUUCAAGCUCUUACUUCGGGGCAAAGGGCUUCUCACUUCUGAUGAAGUGCUUUAUACAGGAAAAGUUGGCAAGACAGUUCAGUUGGUUAAGAGAUAUGCUGAGGAUGAGGGCCGGUUCUUUGAGCAUUUUGCCAAGUCUAUGGUUAAGAUGGGAAGCAUUAGUCCUCUUACUGGUUUUAAUGGUGAAGUUAGGAAGAACUGUCGCCUUGUUAAUUAAAAUGAGUAAUUAUGUAACCUGGUGAAGAGCAUUAUGUAUUGUAUUAAGCUUUUAAUUAUGGUGGAAUCCGGUAUCUGAUAUGAAUUGAAGUGUUGCAAUAAUAGAUGCUACUUGAGUA